UCAUUCCCCGGUUCUUUGGGAUCGUGCUAAGUAAGAAAGAAAGGAAGGAGGGAAGCAAGCAAUUUAACGCGGGACGCGGUGUGUGUCAGUGCGUGUCUGCGCGCACUGACACACAGCGGCGUGACUUGGCUUCCGAUCCGCUCCAUUCUUCACGGCAAAUCGAGAGUUUAUCCGUCGAACAGGCGCAGGAGGAAGCGAGCGGCGGCCAUGGCCUCGAAGAAGCCCGUCAAGGUCGAGGAACUGGUGGCCAAGAAGCUGACGCUGUGGCACACCCGUACGUUCCGCCCCAUCAUGACCCACGACGAGCUGGAGCCCCUCAUGUCCGCCGCAGGCUUCGUCCCGCUCCCCCUGCAGCCGCCGCCGCCGCCCGAGGGGCAGAAGCAACCCGCGGCUUUCGCCUGGAGGGAGUACGCGUCGCGGUUGGAGGCGGCGGCCGGCGGGAGGAGGAAAGGCAGGAGGAGGCACGCCGCGGUACUGGCGCCGCCUCGCCCGCGCCUUCCGCACCCCCGGAUCGACGGCCUGCACCUCAACACCUACAAGGCCUUCUUCCUCGCCCUUGAGUUCUACCUCGGCCCCACCCUCGUCCCCAAUCUCUUCCACGUCAGGACCAUGCCGCUCGCGAAGGCCCAAGACCGCGGGUUCGAGAAAGCCUACCGGCCCAUGAAGGACUGCGAGAUGGGCCAUGAAGGCAUACUCGUGUACCGCGACGGCACCCUCGAUCCCGUUACCAGGAUCACUUGCAGCCGAUUCGGCGGCGACGAAAUCGACGAUGUCAACGACCACAGCAGCAACGCUGCCUCUGUCGUCACCGGCGGCGCAGUUAACCUGUCCUGCUUCGUUCCGCUCAAGGAUCUUUUCCCAACCGGCGGCUUGAGUUCUCGCUAGAUUUUAAUUUCUUAGUGUAUCAGUUGUGAAAGCUCUUGCUUUAUAUAUAUAUAUAUAUUUUUUUUUGGGAGCUAUGUUGCAUUUUACUUCAGUGAAGGCCAGAAAAUAAAAUAUGAUGGUAAAAGAUGAAUAUGUUCA